AUGGAAGUCAUUGAAGAAAACUCGCAAGAAAAUGAAAAUUUGGAAUAUCAAAUGGAAACGAGAAGUAUAAUUGACUUAGCAACUAAUCGGUAUGAACAUCCACGGGAACUUCUUGGUCGCGCAAAUAUUAAUUUUGAAAAGGAAGAAGAGGAUCCAAGGCAAGGACAGAUGAUAUUACAUGGUAGAGAAAUAUUAAGAGACGAAUAUGAGCGCGAACGAGAGACUGCACGUGCGAGAGAUAGACAGAGAAGAAGGGAAGACUUAGAAGAAAGAGAAUUACAAAGCGGAUUACGUCACCCUGAUUAUGAUAACCGAGUUAGGAAACGCGAACGUCAUCACAUAAAUGAUACAGAAAAAGGUCGAGUUAUUCCACAAGAAAGAGAAAUAUUGAGACACCGAUAUGAUCACACAUGCAAUGAAGAAAAACAUGAUAUAGUACAAAUGAAAACAAAUACUGAAAGGCGUAGGCAAAGAAGAGAAGAAGCUGAACAACAGGAAAUACAAGAAGCAAUACGCCAAAACAAUCAUGAGAAUAGAUUGAGACAAGGAACUCAAGGAAGGAAUAAUGCAAAGAUGGGACAAAAGUUAGUGGCUAUGGGCAGUGCAGAUCAAGCAGAGUUUAAUAAAGAGUACAAAGACAAGCAACUUCAAAAUUAUGGAGGUACUGAUACAGUUCAACCAGGAAGCUCUGCAGGACAGCAAACACAUUAUAACAAGAAAGCUGGAAGAAUAGUGUGGAAACAGAUAAAAUUUGCCAAAGUUGAACACUACAGUGGAUAA